AUGGUUUGGCAUAACGGCCUGAUUCAAAAACUUAGAGAAAAAGACAUAGAUGGUAAAAAAAAGAGGCCUCUGGUCAAAGCCCCGGCCAAGACCAAGCCUAAGGAGAAACCCGCCCCGGCCCCUACCCCCGCUGCACCACUCCCGGUGAAGAGGAAAAGGCCGCCCAAGGUAAAGAAGUCCCCUCCAGUAUCCAUCAUGGAGAUCGAGGAAAGUCUUCCCACUACCCCUCCACCCCCAACAGCAGCGACGGAGCUCGCUCCCCUCGACUCCAGGGGGGAGGAGCCCUUCCGCUCACCCGAGGGGACAGGACAUGGGAGGAAAAAGAGGAAGAGGAGAAGCAUAUUCUCCCCUGACACUACACCCAUCCCAGCUACUCCUACCACCCAGUCCAUAGAGUGCCAGACCGCCGACACUCCAGGCCCUGCACUCAAUGACAGCCACACCCAGACCGCCCCACCACCAGUCCCGACUCUCCGCGACAGCCACACCCAGACCAUCCCGGUCCGAGUGCCAAAGGAGAUGCCAGAGGACGCGCGGAUCUUACUCACCCGGGUAGCGGCAGGAAUCAAGGACAAGUUCAAACAUCUACCACCACCUGCCUGUUGA